AUGAUAUUGCUAGACCCUUGUUGGACGAGUUCAGCGGCAGGCAACAACAUGAGCUUAGACGACGUUGCAAGGGUUGACAACAAUGGCGUACUUCGGGUAACAGACGACACGACCAUGGCACCCGGCCACGCGUUUUAUUCAAACCCAAUCCAAUUCAAGAACUCCAGCGGUGAAGUCAUGUCAUUCUCCACCUCCUUCGCUUUCGCUAUAAUCCCCCAGCCUGGGAAGCAAGGCGGCGAUGGCCUCGCUUUCGCAAUCUCCCCCACAAAAGGGAUUCCUGGGGCUAAUGCGGGCUCUUAUAUUGGCCUCUUCAACAGCAGCAACAAUGGGAACUUCUCGAACCGCAUAUUAGCGGUCGAAUUCGACACUUACAUGAAUGAGGAGCUCGGUGAAACCAAUAACAACCAUGUUGCCGUCGACAUCAAUAGCAUAAUAUCCAACAAAUCUGUUCCGGUCCCCUUUAAUUUGACUAGUGGUCAGGUAAUUCAGGCAUGGAUCGAUUAUAAUUCGCCUACAAAUCAAUUAAAUGUCAGGAUUGUGAUGGACUCUGCCAAACCCAGUUCUAUACUUUUGUCCUCUAAAGUGGACCUCUCACAAAUUCUUAAUGAAUACAUGUACAUCGGGUUUUCUGCUGGUACUGGUUUAUUGACGAGCUCGCAUUAUAUCAUGGGUUGGAGCUUCAACGUGAAUGGAGACGCUAAAUCUCUCAAUUUAUCUCAACUUCCUAAGCUCCAGCUCCCCACUACUGCCACUGGGACCAAAAAGAAUCGUGGAGGCCUAAUUGUUGGCGCCUCUGUUUCAUGUGCUUUGGCUGUGAUUUUGCUUGCUGCUUUGACGUUUUACAUCGUCAGGAAGAUGAAGAGGGCUGAUGUGGUUGAGGCCUGGGAGCAUGAUAUUGGUCCGCAAAGAUUUUCUUACGACGAGCUGAAGAAAGCAACUAGGGGUUUCAAAGAGAAAGAGCUACUUGGAUCUGGUGGGUUUGGUCGAGUUUACAAAGGAACUCUGCCAAACUCGGACACCCAAGUUGCUGUCAAACGUAUUUCCCAUAAUUCGAAACAAGGUUUGCGAGAAUUCGUGUCGGAGGUUGUUAGUAUUGGCCGUCUUCGUCACAGAAAUUUG